UCAGCGAUCCUGCCUCGCCAGAGCGCGGACAUGGCGACUCCGUGAGCGCAGCGCAGAAACGGUGAGAAAGCUCCGAAGCGGCUCCGCUGGGACCCUCCGCGGACGGGACUGUGCCCAGGAACACGGCGUGGGCUGGGAGACGCAACUGAGUUCACAACUGAGUUCACAACUUCGCCGCGUUCGUGGAAGGAUGUGAACUUCUGAACUUUUUCAAAUUAGUUUGACCGUUCAUUUAAAGGAAGAAUUAACUCAUGCAUCAUAUACCUGAAGAUCCCAUUGUGCUGAGAGGACGAAAGGGAAUGUAUAGGUUAUGAAUUAGUAAUCGAUUUCAAUCAUCAUUUGGAACAGGACAGCUCUGGCUAAUGUGAUAGUCGUUGCACGGUGUUUUAGCCAGAACCGGACCGAACUUUUACUCCGUUGUGAAAACCGUAUGGACCGCAGAACUUCUCAGAACCAGACUACAGACCUGUGGGUGAUGAGGUCACGUCCGAGCAGUAUGGCAGUGUGGCUGUGGCUUCUGGGGGUGUUUGCUCCCUAUGUGUGGGCGGAGUUUGUGGAGCCCCCUCCCUCCUACUCUCUGCGCUCCAUGGCGGAGUCCCCCACUCGGCUGCCUUGUCGGUUUCGGGUUCAGGAGGAGCAGCUGGUCCAGGUGAGCUGGACGAAGGAACAUCCUGAUGGCAACAAGGAGCAGAUCAUCACUGCACACCGCACUGAGGGGCACACAGAGUUCGGACGGUUUUCGGGGCGGGUAAAUUUUGAGAGCAGUGACCCCAUGGAGAACUCAGCGCUGAUCAUCCGCAGCACAGAGGUGUCAGACGAGGGGCGGUACACCUGCCACAUCUCUACCUUCCCCUCCGGCAACUUCGACACACAGCUGUCCCUCACCGUGUGGACCACACCCAUCUCCUCUCUGGAGCCAGUGGAGAUGGUGGAGGGGCAGUCCUUCCGCGUGGCGGCCACCUGCCGCUCUGUGGCCCGCCCCCCGCCCCGCCUCUCCUGGGAGACCGAGCUGCCCGGCGUGGCCCAGAACCGCAGCUCCGAGGGCGGGGCUGUCUCCACCCACUUCUCCCUGCACCCCCUGCGCAGCAUGAACGGGAAGCGGCUGGACUGCCUGGUGUGGCACCCCUCCAUGGAGACGCCCCGCAGACUCUCCAACCAGCUCGUCGUGCACUAUCCUCCAGAUGCCGCAGUCAGAGGGUAUGAUGGGAACUGGUUUGUGGGUCUGGAGGGAGCGUCGCUGAGGUGUGACAGUGGAGGGAACCCCAAACCCCAGAGCUUCACCUGGACCAGGAGGGGUGGAGCCCUGCCGGAAGGCGUGACGCAGAGGAACGACACGCUACUGUUCAGCCGGCCCCUCACACUGACAGACGCUGGACUGUACGAGUGUGUGGCCAAGAACAGCGUUGGCCUGGCAAAAGCAGAUGUUGAUAUUGCUGUUGCAGAAACGACUCGACAGGAGGCCUCCUUCAGCACUCUGAUGAUGCUGAUCGUGGGAGUGGUUGCUGCAGUGCUGGUGGUUGCCUUGGUGAUCUCGGUGAUAAUGAUGAACCGCUACCACAAGCGCAGGAACAAGAAGCUGGAGAUGGAGCUCAGUGAAAAGAAGGAGGAGAUCAGCACUCUGUCCAGGCAGGCAUCCUUCAGGAGAAUCAACUCUGUCAGCACUGACCACCGCAUGCAGAUGGAGGAGAGUGUCCCUCUCAGGGUGGAGGGCACUUUGAGGACCAGCUUGUCUUCUCUUGGGGAACAGGCUCGCUGCAGGGACAGUCGCUCCACCCUGUCGGGGGGGCGGGGGGGUGGGGGCGGGAUGGCCGUGGACUCGCUGGGUCGACCCGCUCUGUAUAACACCUCCCGGCGUGGGGAGCGAGGGAGGGAGAGAGAGAUGGAGAGAGAGGGAGAGAGAGCCGAGAGCAGGCAGAGGGUGGAGUCUUACGUCUUGAGCAGCGGUUUGGCUCUGCGUCUCAGUGUCACUCUCGUCUCUGUCCCUCAGGAUCCCCCUCUCCUCCCGCCUCUCCUCCCUGCCCUUCCCCCGGGGGCCAGGAACCAUCACCCCCCUUUCAGCCGCACGAGCCCCCCCCUCUCUGCUGAGGAAGAGGAGGAGGAAGAGAGAGAGAUGGAAAGACAGAGUGACAGAGAGAAGGAGGGAGUGCAAGGAGAUCAGGACAGCGAAACCACCAGCUCCCAGAUCUCAGAGGUCCUGUCGAGCCGCUUUCAGCAGAGCAAUGGCACCCUGCACCCCAAACCCCGCCUCAACGACAUCCUGCUGCCCCCCCAGAUUUACCACCCCAAGGGCCAGAUUGUGUAGCCCCCCCGGCUCUGCACACAAAGCGUUUGAUCUGAGAUCAGUGCUCUGAGGGGUGACUGUAGACACACAGCCGUGUUGGAAAGCCGUGCUGCUGCACUGGUGUCUGCACUGGCCCGGGGCAGUGAGGCAGACGGAUUCCUGCCCGUUUUAAUUAGGCUUUGUUUUCAGUUCUCUCUUGAGCUGCGCUGCAGCGGAGCACACUGCACAUGCUGGUGUGGGUGAAUGAGAGGCUGCAUCAGAAAUACUGUUUAAAUUUGCGGAUUACAUAGCUGUACAUAUCCAUCUGUCAAUGACCUGUGAAACUGCUGCAUUUGUUUACAGUAUCAGACAAAAGUGGACUGUGGAAGUUUAAAUCCCAGAGGAGAGAAGCCACAGCCUUAGUUUUUAUGAAGUAUUAAUAUAUAUUUUUAAACAGGUGUAUUACUAUUCUUUUUUAAUGAGAAAUACUGUUCUUGCUGACUUUACACUUGUUUUUAAUACCAGAUCCAGAGACACUGAGAACAAGUAGGCAAAUAGACAAAUUGAUGUUGGAAUUAGAAAAACAAUUACAAAAAAUCAGAAGACUAAGAUCCAGCUGAAGAGUUUAUUGCGGUGGAGCGUUAGGAAACACGCACAGCGAGACAGGUUUCCCUCUGUGCACAGCGCAGCCGGGCAGCUCCCUCUGGUGGUUCAGUUGUGGAACUGCAUGAAGCGGAUGAAGCACCCACCUUUUAAAGCAGGAAAAUGCUGUUACAUUAGUUCUGUUUGUAACUGGAGUAAAGUAAGUGUGUGUUUGUGUGUGUGUGUGUUUGUGUCUGAUGUAGGGACAUCAGUGUUGCCAUGGUGAUAUAAAGUAUUUGGAAGUGAUAGUAGGCCUGGAAGUGCUGUCAGAAAACUCCUCCACAGUUAAAGCUGGUGAUGAACAGCACACUUUAUAGAUGUGUAAUAACAGGCAGCAGAGUCUGGCUCCUCCCCAUGUGCUCCAUAGCGGUGUAUGAUUGAUGUUUUGAAUAGCCAUUGAUUGCAAGGUUUGAUGGGUCCCCUAACCCUUCAGCAGGACUGAGUGCGCUGGAGCACUGUUACACUGCAGAGUGUGGGGUCUGUGGGGGUGCACUGAGGUGUAAUAGGAGGUGUUUACAAUUACAACCAGCCCUGCUUCACUCAGCUGAUGUACAGAAAUGAUUUUAUACUGGCUGAUGUAUGCUGUAGUCCAAGCUGUGAAUCACAAAAUGGACCCAACUGAUGCAGAUCUGUGACGGAGGAGUGGACCCAAAGCGGUGGUUCCGGCCAGUCUGAUCCACCAACCAAAUCACCAGCCAAAGCCCAGGGAUUGUUCCCAGUGCCUCCUGUGUUUGAUAUGGGUUUAAGGACAGUUCUUUGUACAUGAACAGACUACCUGUGUAUGUCAAAGUUUUACUUCAAUUUUUAGUUUUCUCUAAAGAAGCAUCUCUUAUGGUAGCUGUCACAAAUUUAGUGACUUUCUGAAAGCAUUUAAACUGUGUCUGCUGCUUUUUCCUGUACAGUCAGAGACAUGAGCAGAGAGA